CCUCCUCCUCCAUCCAUCCAUGAGCUGCUGGAGUCAGGGCCCGUUAUACUCAAGGAGCUGCCAUCAGCUUAUCCGUUGAUAAUUAUAGCCAGCGACCUGGUUUCAGCACUGCAGGGACUCAACAGCUCCCGCAGAACUAAAGCCUUAGCGAUCAUAGAGGAGAGGCGCUGAGAGCGCGCGGCAUCCAGCCAACACCAGAGCGCUACACAAAACAAAACCUCACAGAGGACAACAGAGAGAGAGAAAGAGAAAAUAAAUUCGGACACCAGCUGAAGGAUGGCGUCAAAACGCGUAGGGUUUGUGGUUAUCCUUGCUGUAAUAUCGCAGACCAGCACGUUUCCCACACCUGCCGGACCCGACGAUAAAAGCAUGCCUAACCGAGAGCUGACUGAGGAGAAGCCAUUAGAACAGCAGAUUGCAGAAGCUGAUAGCAUCAGGAGGGCAGAACCCAAGCCAACGCCACCAGCUGAGGCAGAGUUAAACUCUGAGGAUGAUGAUAUCACUUUCCUUAAGUCUCUGGCUGAGAAGUCCAAAGAGUCAAACAAUGAGACUCCCAUCUCAGAUUCUGUGGAUGAGCGAUACAGUACUGAUGAGGCCGACACUACCAAAAACAGAAGACUGGCUGAUGACUAUGACUCUACUAAGAAUGAGAUGGACUACAAAUACCAAGAUGAUCCUGAAAGUUUUUGGCAGCUGGAUGGGACCCCGCUAACAGCUCAUGACAUCGUCCAGAAAAUCGCCAACAAAAUCUACGAAGAGGAUGACCGAGGAGUGUUUGACAGAAUUGUGUCUAAACUGCUCAAGUUGGGUCUAAUCACAGACAGUCAGGCAGAGACGCUGGAGUAUGAGGUUGCUGAAACCCUGCAGGAUCUGAUCACUAAAAAUGCCAAAGAUAACAUGAUUGGAGACCUCAGUAUGGACUACCCUGUUAAUGCAGCAAAAGAUACAGAGAACAGUAUGGAUGAGGAAGACAGGCCCAGUCAACGAUAUGAUGACGAGGAUGAAGGUGAUGAUGAUGAUGGUGGCAAUGAUAAUAAUGGUGACGAAGAACAGGAGGAGGAGAGCAGAGAUGAUACAGUGAGGGCUGAAGACUCAUAUGACGCUGCGAGCGAUGGGAACGACAGAAACGAACUGAAUCCAGAAGACGGACUGCAGGACCUUCAAUUCUUCCCCAACUUUUACAGACUUCUGAAGAGUCUCGACUCAGAGCAAGAUAAAGAGGAGAGAGAAACCCUGAUCACCAUCAUGAAGACCUUGAUCGACUUUGUGAAGAUGAUGGUCAAAUAUGGAACCAUCACACCUGAAGAAGGAGUGUCUUAUCUGGAAAAUCUGGAUGCAAUGAUUGCCCUGCAGACCAAGAACAAGCUGGGCAAAUCUCUGGUUCCUCUCGGCAUUACACCCCCUACAGGAAAAGCAUUGGAUGAUGAUGACAACACCAAAACAGAAGCUGCCAAAAUGCAGAAGGAGUAUGAGUCUCUGAAGGACUCGACCAAAGACGUCCAGACUGCUGCUGAAAUCAGUCAUCCUGGGAAGUCUGAGAGUUAUCUGGAGGCGAUCAGGAAGAACAUUGAAUGGCUGAAAAAACACAACAAGGAAAGCAACAAAGAAGAUUAUGACCUCUCCAAGCUGAGGGACUUCAUGGACCAGCAGGUGGAUGCAUACAUCGACAAAGGCAUCCUUGCGAAGGACGAAGGAGACGUAAUCAAGAAAAUCUACGGAAGCCUGUAGGAACCACAAGUCCAGCUUCACAUGUAACAGUGUAACAGACUUUCUACUAAAUACUUGGACUGGGCAUACUAACACAGAUCCUAAUGCUUUAACUCCUCAUAAAUAAGAUUUAGUCUGCAACUCAGACAGUAUUUCUGCAGAAUAAGUCCCUCCAGAAGGCAAUAUCCUCUCUCAGUGCAGUCAGCAAUAGAACACAAUCUAGUUCUAGAUAAGCCACAAAUCAUAUUUGAGUUGUAAGUGUUCUUACGCAUUAGGACCGAAUAACACCACUGGCUACCUAGAAGAAUGAAAUUCAGUGGAUGUUUUGGUAUGACUUGAAAAUCAGAGAAAAUAGAAGCUUUUGCACCUGUCCUACUUUUGCAAUAGACUUUUACAGCAUCAUAUGCAUAUAUCUGUACGUAACAUUCAUUCACGUAUGGUGUAUAUCAUUUUCUCCUCUUAAAAAAAAUCAGUUCGACUGUCGGUGAAUUGCUUUCCUCCUCUGUUGUUGUUUUGUCUCCCAGUCUGUAGGGGGCAGUCUACAUCGUUAUAUCUCCCUUCUCUGUCUUAAGUUUGAUUUUGUUUCUCCACUAUUUGACUCUGUAUAUUCCACAUGCUAUAGAUUCACUAAAAUCAAGUAUUUUUAAAUGUAAAUAGCGUGAUUUUUCCAAAAAUCUAUUAAACAUUGCCUUUCUUUAAUUACUUAACUUCUGUGAUUGU